AUGAUGCUGCUGGGAGCCAAGCGCGUUACGGCUCUGCCGAAGCAGGCCGGUAUGGCCCAUCUCUUCUCCACGUCUGCCCGUGUUGCUGAUGCUGCGCACAAGGUCGUUGUCGUCGGUGGCGGCACGGCCGGUCUCACCGUCUCGCACCAGCUUUUGCGCUCGGGCAAGUUUGCGCAGAACGACAUUGCGAUCGUCGAGCCGUCCGAGUGGCACCACUACCAGCCGGGCUGGACGCUCGUGGGCGGUGGCCUGACGUCGCGCGAGGCGCUGCGCCGCCCGACCAAGUCGCUGCUCGAUCCCAAGAUCCAGCUGUACACCGACAAGGUGUCGACCUUUGCGCCGGAGCAGAACCAGGUCUCGACCCAGAGCGGCGAGAAGCUGACCUACGAGCAGCUCGUCGUCGCGCCGGGCUUUGAGAUCACGCUCGACGACAUCCCGGGCCUGCGCCAGGCCCUCGACGACCCGGCGUCCAAGGUCGCCUCGAUCUACACCUACGACUCGGUCGACCAGGUCUACGGCAAGAUCAACAAGUUCAAGCAGGGCCGCGCGAUCUUUACGCAGCCCGCCUCGCCGAUCAAGUGCGCGGGUGCGCCGCAAAAGAUCAUGUGGUUCGCCACCGACCUCUGGACCAAGGCCGGUCUCUACAAGCCGCACGACGCCAACUCCCCGAUCCAGAUCGACUUUGCCACCGGCCUCCCGGUGAUGUUCGGUGUGCCGAAGUACAGCGAGGUGCUCAACCAGCUGCGUGAGGAGCGCGGCGUCGGUGGCCUGUUCCAGCACAACCUCGUCGCGAUCGAGGACAAUGGCUCGACGGCCGUCUUUGCGCGCCCUGACGGCGAAAAGGUGCGCCUGCCGUUUGACUUUUUGCACGCGACGCCGACCAUGGCGCCGCCUGCGUUCCUCAAGAACUCCAGUCUGGCGAACGAGGCGGGCUACGCCAACGUGAACCAGUCGACUUUGCAGCACAUCCACUACAAGAACAUCUGGGCGAUCGGCGACGCCUCGUCGCUGCCGACCAGCAAGACGGCCGCUGCCAUCACCGGCGAGGCACCGGUGCUCGUCGAUAACCUCCUGCGCGCGCUCGAGAGCAAGUCGCCGAUCGCCGACUAUGACGGCUACACCUCGUGCCCGCUCAUCACCGAGUACGGCAAGGUGCUCCUCGCCGAGUUCAAGUAUGGCGGUGUGCCGAAGGAGACUUUUGCCAACUUUGGCCUCGACCAGGCCAAGCCGCAGACGGCCUUCUACUACCUGAAGAAGGACUUCUUCCCUUGGGUGUACUACAACAACUUUGUCAAGGGCACGUGGGCCGGCCCGAAGGGCUGGAGCUUUGGUCGCCGUUCAUACACGACCAGCGCGCUGAACCGCCCGCGCGCUUUCUCGACGAGCACGGCUGCGCAGCGCAACGCGCCGGUGCGCCGCCCGCGUGAUCCGCUCGACAAGGGCGAGGCCGCCCGCUUCCCCCUCGCCACCGGCGAGACGUUCAUUGCACGCACCCCUCCGACGCCCGAGUCGAGCCGCGCGACGGUCGAGGGCGCCGACGCGCUGUUCGAGAGCGCCAACGAGUCGGCCUCGCAGCAGCUGCCGCCGCUCCUGCGCAAGCAGCACCGCCAGGCGCGCAACGCCUCCAGCACGCUGAGCGCUGAGCAGAUUGCGCAGGUGCAGCAGCUCCGUGCGCAGGACCCUUUUAAGAACACGGCCGGUGUGCUUGCCAAGCAGUUUGGCUGCUCGCCGACCUUUAUCUCGAUCGUCGCUCCGGCGCCAAAGGAGGUGCGCAGUGCCCGCCGCGCCGAGACCGAGCUCAAGCGCGCCACGUGGGGUAUGAACAAGCGUAUCGCCGCUGAGGAGCGCCGCGAGCGCCGUGCACUCUGGUAG